UCCCAAAACCGAAAGCAAAAUUACAUAACAACAAAAACAUAAACAAACGAUCUCUUCUCUUAAUUUGAUUCUUCGUCUUCUUCUCCUUUCUUCUUAAAAGAAAGAGAAUUAAUAGAGAGAGAGAGAUGGGAGAUAAAGAUGCUGAUGGCAAGUACUCUAGAAACAUGUCUGCAUGUUCCUCAACGAUGUCGUAUUCAACUAAACUCUUUCUCUUCAUGGUUCCUCUAGUUCUGGUUUCUGGCUUCGUCUUUGUAAAUAUUGGUCCAACAUCUUUCUUAACCUCUUUGUCCACCUCUCCUCAUGAUCUCCCUUCACCUCCGUCUCUGAUGGCGCCGGCGCCAUCUCCUUUGCCAUCAGAGAUGAUACCUCCGUCGUUACCAGCAUCUUCUAUAUCGACUAAAGUGGAAUCUAUUCAGGGAAAUGAUAAUCGGACCAUUCGAUUGAAUCCGAUCAUUACUACAACGAGUAAUAACGUCACUUCUACGGCGUCAUCGGAACCAAAGAAAAGAAGAGUUCUAAGCAAUUUGGAAAAGAUCGAAUUCGAGCUACAAAAAGCUCGAGCCUCCAUUAAAGCCGCUUCGAUGGACGAUCCCGUGGACGACCCGGACUAUGUUCCUCUUGGUCCUAUGUAUUGGAACGCUAAGGUCUUUCAUCGGAGCUACUUGGAGAUGGAGAAACAGUUCAAGAUAUAUGUGUACAAAGAAGGCGAGCCACCGUUGUUCCAUGACGGUCCAUGUAAAAGCAUCUACUCUAUGGAAGGAAGUUUCAUCUAUGAGAUGGAAACCAAUACUCGUUUCCGCACCAACAAGCCCGACAAGGCCCACGCUUUUUAUUUACCCUUUAGUGUCGUCAAGAUGGUAAGAUUCGUGUAUGAACGCAACUCUCGUGAUUUUGGCCCCAUCCGAAAUACAGUGAGAGAUUACAUCAAUCUUGUGGGUGAUAAAUACCCUUAUUGGAACCGUAGCAUCGGAGCCGAUCAUUUCAUACUCUCUUGCCAUGAUUGGGGUCCUGAGGCCAGCUUCUCUCAUCCACAUCUAGGACAUAAUUCGAUACGAGCAUUAUGCAAUGCCAACACGUCAGAGAGAUUCAAACCAAGAAAAGAUGUAUCAAUACCCGAGAUUAAUCUACGAACAGGAUCCUUAACCGGAUUAGUCGGUGGUCGGUCACCUUCCAGCCGUCCAAUCCUAGCCUUCUUUGCAGGUGGUGUACACGGACCAGUAAGGCCAGUUUUGCUCGAGCAUUGGGAGAACAAAGAUAAUGACAUCAGAGUCCACAAGUAUCUCCCUAGAGGAACGUCUUAUUCGGACAUGAUGCGGAACAGCAAGUUCUGUAUUUGUCCUAGCGGCUAUGAGGUUGCGAGCCCUAGGAUCGUGGAGGCACUUUACUCGGGUUGCGUCCCCGUUCUGAUAAACUCAGGCUACGUUCCUCCUUUCAGCGAUGUUUUGAAUUGGAAAUCGUUUUCAGUGGUCGUUUCUGUGGAAGACAUACCGAAUUUGAAGACGAUAUUGACGGCGAUAUCGCCUAGACAGUACCUAAGGAUGUACAGGAGAGUGUUGAAGGUAAGGCGACAUUUUGAGGUAAAUUCACCGGCGAAGAGGUUUGAUGUGUUUCAUAUGAUUCUUCAUUCGAUUUGGGUAAGGAGAUUGAAUGUGAGGAUCCGUGAGGUCUAAGUUAAGGGUUUUUGGGUUUUUUUUUCGGAUUUUUUUUUUUGUUUUGAGUGGUGAGUUGUGAAAAUAAUUUGAAAAGUCCGGAGGGAUUUUUCUUGUAAAUUAGUAUAAUUGAGCUUUUUUUAUGUGUCAAAUAUGCUUUGAGUGUGUGUUUUCCCCAUUAAUUUGUAAUACACGAAUAAUAAUUAUGUUACAUUCCCGUAAGAAAAAAGAAUAAUAA